AUGGCUUUGUCCGCCACCCCGCAUAAAAAGAUACAGGAGCAUGGCUCCCUCUUCAAGGCGCAAUCAAACCCACGAGCGGUUUCCCGACAACAACGGUUUUUGUUUUCCCUAAGGUACCAGAGCAGGAUUUCUUUGACCUGGCCUACAGUUCAUACCCAGUUAGCUAACUAUGGUGUUCGGAACGUGUUUAGGCUUUUGGACUUGAUUCUUUGUUUUCCCCCAACAUAUGUUGCCAAUGAGUGUACAUUUUCAGAAAUGAAAUUCUGCAAGGGCAAGCGAAGACGAAGGAUGAAGACAACCACACUGAAUGACUUGCUGACCAUUCAGCUUCAGUCCAAAUAUGUUCCGGAAUUUGAUCUUGACAAAGCAAUUAAACUGUGGAUGAUGGGGCAAAAGAUUCUGGAGUGAUGGAGCAGGAGUCUUUAUAUAUUCAUACUUGUGUUGAGGUAGAGAGAAAACAACGGUUUUUGCUGUUCCUGAAUCCUAAAUCAAUAUCGUCACAAUAUAUUUUUAUACCCCCGCUCCGAAGGAGAGGGGGUAUACUGUUUUACCCUUGUGUGUCUUCUGUCUGUCUGUCCGUCCGUCUGUCUGUCCGUCCGUAACAAAAAUUUCUGUCCCAUUUAUCUCAGCAACUGUUUAUCGCAGAUGCUUGAAAUUUUUACACAGUGUUUGUUAAGGCAUGCCAUA